AGACUGGCUAAUGAAUUGGAUUUUUAUUCGAAAAUUCUGACCAGUCUAUGUACUGACAGUCUCUCUAGGGUGUGAAACUAUGGAUCGGCUCGACUGUGCAGCACGAGUUAUGUUGGUUUCAGAUCUUGACUACACAAUGGUUGAUCAUGAUGAGUCCAGUGAUAAUGCUCUCCUUAGGUUCAAUGCACUGUGGGAAGCAUAUUUUCGCCAUGAUUCUUUGCUAAUAUAUUCAACAGGACGAUCGCCAACUAUCUACAAAAGGUUGAGGAAUGAAAAACCCUUGCUAACCCCAGAUAUAACUGUUAUGUCUGUGGGCACUGAAAUUGCUUAUGGCGAUUCUUUGGUGCCUGAUGUUCAUUGGGAACAAUCUUUAAAUCAUAGAUGGGACAGAAAUAUUGUGACAGAAGAAACUGCCAAGUUUGCAGAACUUGUGCCUCAGUCUGAAACCGAGCAGCGCCCUCACAAAGUUAGCUUCUUUGUGGAGAAAGCCAAGGCAUCCCAAGUAAUUGAGAUUCUUGAGGCGCGCCUAAUAGAAAGAGGGUUAGAUAUCAAAAUUAUAUAUAGUGGUGGGGUUGCUCUGGAUGUGUUACCAAGAGGAGCUGGAAAAGGACAGGCUCUCACUUACCUGAUGAAGAAAUUUGAUGGUAAAAGUCCUAUGAAUACUCUUGUUUGUGGUGAUUCUGGAAAUGAUGCUGAAUUGUUUAGUGUUCCUGGAGUUUAUGGUGUUAUGGUCAGCAAUGCACAGGAAGAGUUGUUGAAAUGGCAUGAAGUGAAUGCGAAGAGCAACCAAAACAUUCUUCACGCUUCCGAAAGAUGUGCUGCUGGUAUUGUACAAGCCAUUGGCCAUUUUGGUCUAGGGCAUUGUAUUUCACCAAGAGAUGAAAUGGACUCCCUGGAAUACUCGAAGGAUCGUAUAAAUCCAGGACUUGAAGUUGUGAAUUUCUACUUGGCUUGUGAGAAAUGGCAACGUGGAGAAGUCGAAAAGUCCACACAGUUUAUUCAGAAUUUGAAGUCUAAGUUUCAUACAUCAGGUGUCUUUGUCCAUGCUUCUGGAGUGGAGCAACCUUUCUAUGAAUGCUUAAAGGCACUGGAAAUGUCUCAUGGACAUAUGCAAACUUUCAAUUUUAGAGUGUGGGUGGAUCGAGUUUCUUCUGCUCAGAUUGGUUCUGAUACUUGGCUGGUGAAAUUUGACAAAUGGGAAUUAUCAGUUCAAUGUGGCAGUCAUUCUCCUCAAAUAAAGGGGUAGUUGGUGAUUUAAACAAGUGCACCUGAUAAAUUGAGAAACAGCUCUAAACUAAAGAGGAAUGGAGAAAGGUCAGCCAUGCAAAGGCAUUGCAGACAAUAUUCUUGGGGACAACCAAAGAAGGUUAGUUCCAGCGACAGUCCGUCGAACUUUGGUUGUAGUUGUCAAAGUCAGGAUUUGAGUCCGCUUCAUUGUUUGGUGAUGGAGAACGUUGGACCCUCUUCUUUUUUUUUUGGUCUUCUUGCAGGAGGAGGAGAUGGUGAUUAUGAUAAACAUGAACAUGAAGAGGAGGAAGAAAAUGAAAGAGAGGGCGAAAGAGCACAUAUUUUCUUCCUCUUCUCUACUCUCUCUAUCUCUUCCCCUCCCAAUGCUCUUGCCACUGGAGUGGAGGAUCCACUUCUUUUGUCUCCUUACCUGAAGUUGAUGAUGCUAGGGCUUUCUUUUUGUCACUUGGAAUUUUUGGGUUUUGAAAAGGAGGAUUUUUGAGAUUUUCUUCCUGUCUGAAAGCUAGUUGUGAUGAAGAUAAUAAAGAAUAGUUCACCUUACAAAGAAAAUAAAGUGACUCUUGGAGUCAUUUUUCACCCUAUUGUCAUUCAUUUAUGACGUCAAUUCACUCUUUUCCUAGGUUGGUAUGAGAAGCCAUGAUUAUAGCAAAUUACGAAGGAGGAACGGAUUGAAUUUAACAGCCCUAGAAGUUUGCACUUUUGGUUGAGAAGGACAAGAGGGUCUGACAUUCUCCAUCAUCAAACAUUUGGGAUGAAACUAGACCGCCUCAAACUAUUGUAGGGAGUAACCUUCUUUGAUUGUUACUGUGGCAAUGCCUUUGCAGGACUAGCCUUUCUCAAUUCCUCUUUAUUUUAGGGAUUUUAUCAACUUCUUCCUUUUUUCUUUUUUGCUUACUUUUUUUUUUGUCUCAAAAUUCACUCCAGUAUUAAUAGGAGCAAGGGUUAGGAUUUAUUAUUUUGUUAUUUUGUGAAGACUAAUAUAAGUCUUAGGAAAAAUUGACAACAAUAAUCCCAUCUAAUAUUUAGGUCACCAGAGCAUUUUGGGCGGAUACCUAUAAAUGUUGGGAUUAUUCUGAAAUAAUCCUUAGUAGGGAUUAUUUUGAGCGGAAUGGUCAUAGUGGGGAUUAUUAAUGUCAAUUUUUCCUAAGUUAAAAACAAAUUUUUUAAAGACUAAUCUAAAGUCGUUUUCAUUAUCAAGGAAAUAUCUUUUUGCUAAGUUUGUCUGAAGAUUAUAUUUCUUACAAUGCAUAUGAGAUGAAUAUAUAUACUUCGUAUUAUCUAACUUUAUGCAUUUAACAUUGCCUAUAAUUCAUUUCAAAACAACGGACAAUCAGAAUUAGAAUUAUUUGGCAUACAAAGUCAAAUAAAUAUUAUGUCCAAAAAGAAUUUGAUAUACUAAGGCUAUGUUCUUUUGGACUGAAAAAUUCAGUUCAGUUUUGUUCAAACAAAUUAAAUUCAGUUCAGUUAGUUUUCUCUCACAGUUCUCAUUCAAUUCAAUUCAGUCAGUUUAGACAAAUUCAGUUCAGUGGAGCCUAAGUCAGAUAUUCAGUUUCAUUGUUUCAUCGAAAUAUUAGAUCAUCUCGGAGAUCUAAUAUUAAUAUUUAAUAGGAUAAGCUCUUUUUUAAUUUUCUUCCAAACAUAAUUACAAAUUUAAAGUUCAAGAUAAGAACUCCUUGGCACUAGACUUCCUAUGCUAGUAAUUACCAUUUGUUCUUCUGCCAAAAAUCCUUGUGAGCUGUUUUCUGCUACAUCUUCGUUUAGUUCUUCAACAUUGAUUACAAUUGAAGGAAGUUGAGUGGAAUCUCUAUUUUGAUGAAAGGAGUGAACUUCAUAGAUUCCAUGGACAAUUCAAAUUUAGUAGAGAUGUAGUAUACCUCAUCAUCUGCAUGCAAUAUUUCAUAGGACUUGCCAUUCUAUAAAUAAAGCACUUGAUGUAAAGAAUGACAUAAUUGAAAUGCAACAAAUCUUUGCCUAGCAAUUCAUUGUAACUAGUUUCGCCCUCUAUGAUGAAGAAGCCAGUAUUUAUCAUCUUGGAUCCAACUUUAAUCCUAAGAACCGACAACCAUAAGACCUUUUCCGUUUGCCCAGUGAAGCUAAUCUGCACAUAAUGAAUAUCAUCCAAAAUCUUUCCUGUCUUAAACAAGACUCACAAAGGCAUGACAUUAACAGUAGAACCAUAGAAUCCUGCCGAACAUAGCACCCUCAAAUUCAACAUUCACAAACAAGGCUUUAGUUUUUGUUUUUUCCAAUGUUAUCUCUACUAAAAAGUAGCUUAUUCAUGAUUAGACACUCUUGUUGGUCAGUUUGAGAAUUUGCGCUAGGAUCAGGAAAUCUAGCUUUGUUUAGAAAAUCACACAAGUUAGUAGAGGAAGUGAUUUUAGCCUUACCAUUUCUCUCAGCCUAAGUCUACCCCAUCUUUUACUUUUUUGAAGAUUUUUCCUUGAAAGUAAGAUCGUGUCAGAUUAAGUGGCAAAAUAAAUCUUUGCCCUCUGUUUAAAUGGGCUGUGAGAAUUUCAGAGGAAGAGGAAGCGAAUCCAGCAAUGGAGGAGAGAUGGGUGAAGGUUGUACAAGGGCUGAAGAAGGGAGUGAGCCCCACAAAAAAAGUUUAACUUGCUCAGUCAGUUUAAUGUCAUCUAUGGCCAAUGAAAAACACGACCCUGUUUAGUUGAGACCUGCACAGAAUACUCAAUACUUGACCUAUUCAAAAUGUUGGCCCAUAGUUGGGACCCCUAGUGUCAAUUUUUACACCUUUUUGGUUAAGCUCUCAUGCUGCCGAGGACUAUUACUUCCAAAUAGCAUCAAUUACAUAUUGCCUAUAAGCUGUUGCAAUGCAUUAUCAUAGCAACAUUCUUGAGGCUCCAGUCCAUGGCAAGCAAUGAGCAAUUAGGUCUAAGUAACCUGCCCUGCCAAUGGACACAGGCUCUUUUUUAGAACUUUCGUGGCUUCGAAUAGUUACCUCUAGAUUCACAGUGAAAAGUUUGAUUCACAUUUUAUAUGCAAAAAACAUAUUUGCCACAGCCAGCUCCAUUGUAAUUCUCUCCACUAGAAUACUUUCGGAUUGAUAAUUUCUUCAAAUUGAAUCCAGUGAUCAUUUAUCUUCCACUUCUGUGGAGGGGAGUUAGUUAUUAAUCCCAAUUAUUACCAUGUGUAAACUACAAAUUUGGGAUAAUAGUUAUUAAAAUAACCUUGAAUUCCUUCAUCACAUAUAUACAUUUACUACCAUGCUAUGACAAGCUCUGACUUUGUUAAUCGUUCCCAUGGCUCUGAACUAUUCAUAUACCUCUUCAAUAUAGUGGUUUCAUAGUGUACGUUCAGUAAUUUUGGUUUAAAAUGACCAUAAUUUUGUUUUUCUUUUUAAUUAAAUUUUGGCUGAGGUGU